AUUAGCAAGCAAGAUGGCGCUCUUGCUGUCAGCACACGGACAGCUCCCGCUCUGUGCUCGCGCUAUUAGUGCAACAGCUAUGAGAAACUGGCAUUAUUUAAAGGAGAAUGCGUGAUUGAUUCCUAGUUGUGCCAUAGUGCUGAUAUCAUAAUCAAAGGACAUCGCAUUCGGAAGAGUUGAUCUGUAAAUGGGAUGAUACACCGGACCAGUCCGCGGUUUGCUACAGCAGCAGAGAACACAGGGAAUAGUAACAAUUUAAAUACUGUGCGGUAUCGGGUUGAUUGCUACGGGUAACGGCACUCACUGUGACAAUCUCAGCACAUUUUCCACAAUUAGACGGAAAUAGGAAAACGGUAAAUUGCACGGGAGAGGCUGAUGCUUGUGUUGCUAUGCAGCUUGACAGUAAUCACAGCAUCAAAUACAAGACGUCAAAUUCUGUCAACAUCUGCUUCUAAAUCCGAUUGUUAUUUUUUGCCUGUCAAAAGAUGGAGGAGCGCUUUGAAACACAAAGAAUGGGCUUGAAUCGGCAAAAAAUGCAGCUUUUCUCUCUACCAUUUAUUUUAUUAGAAGCUACCUGCAAUAGUGUCUCUCUGCAAUACCAGUAACUCCCCCAUGGCGAGGAAGAUGUUGGCGGUUCUGCUGAUGGUCAUCAUGUCUUCAUCGUUCUUCGUCCCCGGGUUUACCCUCAGUUCCCAUUUCAAUUUAGAUGGUGCUCCUCUGAGUGGGCUGUCGUGGCCGUCGUCUCUGGUGGUGGUGGCUGUUUCCUUGUCUGGUCUCUUCACCUUUGUCUUCCUCAUGCUGGCCUGCCUCUGCUGCAAGAAGGGACACAUCCGCUUCAAGGAGUUUGAGAAUGCCGAGGGGGAGGAGUACCAGGCGGACCUGUCCACCCUGGCAUCCCCUGCAUCCCAGAGCGGACCUGAUGUCUACAUCCUGCCGCUGACUGAGGUGUCACUCCCCAUGGCCAAACAACCAGGACGAUCAGUCCAACUACUGAAGUCCACAGAACUCGGUCGCCACAGUCUUCUCUACUUGAAGGAGAUCGACGAUGGCUGGUUCGGAAAGGUUAUCCUGGGGGAGGUGAAUGCGGGUCUCAGCACCACCCAGGUGGUGGUUAAGGAGCUGAAGGCCAGUGCCAGUGUUCAGGACCAGAUGCACUUCCUGGAGGAGGCCCAGCCAUACCGUGCCCUCCAGCACCCAGCCCUCCUGCAGUGCCUGGCACAGUGCACUGAGGUCACCCCCUACCUGCUGGUCAUGGAGUUCUGCCCUCUGGGUGAUGUGAAAGGGUACAUGCGGAGCUGUUGGGCUGCAGACACAAUGACCCCUGAACCCCUGAUCCUGCAGAGGAUGGCCUGUGAGAUCGCCUCAGGGCUCCUGCACCUGCACAAACACAACUUCAUACACAGUGACCUGGCCUUGAGAAACUGCCUGCUGACAGCUGAUGUCACAGUGAAGAUUGGAGACUACGGCCUUUCACACAACAAGUACAAAGAUGACUACUUUGUGACGUCAGACCAGAUGUACGUGCCACUGCGUUGGAUCGCUCCAGAACUCAUAGAUGAAGUUCAUGGCAACCUACUGGUAGUAGGCCAGAGCAAACAGAGCAACGUCUGGUCUCUGGGCGUGACUAUCUGGGAGUUGUUUGAGUUGGGAAACCAGCCGUACAGACACUACUCUGACAGACAGGUCCUGACCUACGCCGUGAGGGAACAGCAGCUCAGACUGGCCAAGCCCCUGCUCAAAAUACCCCUGGCAGAGCGCUGGUAUGAGGUGAUGCAGUUCUGCUGGCUCCAACCAGAUCAGAGGCCCAAUGCAGAGGAGGUCCACCUGUUACUCAGCUACCUGUGUGCUAAGGGGGCCAACGAGGCCGAGGAGGACUUUGAGAGGCGCUGGAACUCCCUGCGUCCCAACCCCAACGCUGGCCCCAGCAGCAGCCUCCACCACGGGGCAGGAGCCCUGGCCAUUGACCUCCCCUCCUCCUCCUUCCCCCUGCUGGAGCAGUUCUCUGGAUGCGAUGGCUACCAAUGCGAGACAGGAGAUGAUAUACUGACCGUGACCGAGACCAGCCACGGCCUGAACUUCGAGUACAAGUGGGAGAAGGCUCAGGCGGGGGCCGGGGCGGAGCAGCCUUACCACCGUGCUGCCUCGUCCUCCAGCGGUACCCUGGGGGCCGUCAACCACCACCGCCAGGACCUGUACUACCCCCCUGGGCCAGGGGGCAUGGUGGGGGGCUGUGGUGGGGUGGAGAUGGACGGGCUCACUCUGGGGGUGCCCCCCGCCUACUACGAGCCCAAGAUGCUGCAUGGUCCUGGGGUUGGGGUGUUGCCGGUGCUCAGCGCCCACAGUCCUUCAGUGAGCGCUGAGUACUACAUCCGCAUGGAGGAGCCUGGUGUGGACUAUACCAUGUGCUCCUACAGCCCAGACUACCAGGGCAGCAAUGGGAGCUUCCUGACCGGCAGUGGCAGUGCAGACUCAGGGGAGUGUAUUAUGGGAAUGGGUGCAUGUCCCUCCCAGGCCCACUCCAAGCCUGUAGACUCGUACUGGUCGGCAGAUAUCCGUAAAGCUGGGGGUGGUGGAGCGUAUGAUUCGGACCCAGACGGAAGCCCGGCCAUCUCCCUGACCAUGGAGCCCCUACUGGGGCAAGUCUCUGACUCCAGCCCCCUGAGACCCUGGGAGGCUGGUCACUACGUCUCCUACAAGGACCGGGACGGGGGGUUCUACUACGAACACUCACCCCCUAUGGGCAUAGGCCACCACAUGGGCCUGGGUCUGGGGAUGGACCAGCACCAGCACUAUCUGAUGGGGCGGGAACACUCUCCCCCCGAGCCCCACCAGGAGAGCUGGGGGUCCCGGAGCCUGCGUCAGGCCCUGGGGGAACUGGAGAACCCUCUGGGGAUAUCUCCCUCCAUCAGUACCCCUCCCCAGGGUGGUGGUCCUCCUUUUGGGGUAGGGGACCCCUACCUGGUGACGACCCAGGGACCAGGCUCCAUCAUUGGGGGGAGUAGCGUCACUGGAGGUUACUAUGACAUGAUGGGUUCUCUGAGGAAAACCAUGCCGACCAUGCGAAGCCACACCCACUCAGUCAGCAUCACCAUGGCGUCGGAAGAGGCCCUCUUCAUUGGUCACCGUGACAGUGACUCGGACGAGGAAGAGGAUAUAUUCUCAGAGAGGCAGACAAUCAACAGUAGUAACACCUGGCCCUCUAACCACUGCACUAACAACAAUAGUCUAGGCCUGGGCCGUAGUAGACAGGCUGGCUGUAGGCAACAACAGGAUGCCUAUGUAGACUUCCACUACACUAUGCCCACUACCGACAUAGAGGACUCGUGGCCUGAGGAGCACAACCUGACCUCCCGCUCCUCUGUCUCUGCUGCAGUUAAACCCAUAGACUACCUGGAGGGUACGGCGGCUUCGGCUAAAGACAGCAGCUGUCUAUCCCUGGGGAAGCAUCAUACCCUGGUACCCUCCGGCGACGCCUACAACACAUACAUCUAUCUGUGCCACGAGAGGGAGGGGGAGAGGGAGGUGAAGCCGCCACCAAUCGAGCGCUGCCACUCUCAUUUCGUCGACCCCCUCACAGGCCUAGUGGUGCGAAACUACAGCUGUGAUGACUACAGAGAUCAGAUUGUAGAGAUUCCCAACAACGACGAAGAGAGUGUGAAUCUGUCUCCAGCACCAGGAGGGCCUAGUGUGUCUAAAUCAACCCUGACACACAACACAACCACAACCAUAACCAACUUUGACCACUCUGAGCAGUAUGUUGACAUCACUAUGGACGAUGCCCUUUCCAUAGACCACAAGCAAGAGGUUGUCACAGAAGACAAAGGGGUUCUCACUGAUCCUAAACCAGAGGACGUGACUCUGACUAAAACUAUGGCUAUGGCUACCCCACUUCCCUCAGUGAAUGUGCCUGGCCUAGUCUGCCUGUUCGAGCCAGAGUCAGAGCUGAGCCAUACAUUAGACAGCGGCCUGGACAGAGACCACUGCUCCAGCAUCAGUCUAGUGGACAUCUCCGACUGCUAUACCGACGACGAUGAUGAAGACGAUGACAUUACUGACGUGACCUCAGGGAUCUUCGCUGACGAGGCGUCGGCCGGGGACCUUAACUCCUCCCCCUCCCUGGCCCGUCCCCUCAAGUCCCUGCAGAAGCAGGUGGGAACACCCGAUUCCAUGGACUCCAUGGACCUGAUGCCUUCAGCGGCCGGCUCCACCGCAGAGCCAUUCAGCCCUGCCUCUAGCUCCUCCCACCCAUCUAGUUCCUCCCCCAAGGCAAUGGACAGCGGGUACGAAACAGAGAACAACGAGAGCCCAGAGUUCGUCCCCAAGGAGCCCCACAACGAGCCCCGGGACCCAGAGACAUUCACCCAGCCACUGGGGGAGUCUGUCCUGGACACCAGCCAGGAUGAGGAGGGGGGAGAGGAGGCCGAGGUGGCUCCACCGGAGGAUGAGGAUGAACCUACUCUGGAUGAAGAUGUGGCUCUAGCAGCCUUACAGACCACAGACAAAGAGAAGGAGCUGGCCCCCCUCAGUGAGAAGAACCCUUACAGGGACUCUGCCUACUUCUCUGACUAUGAGAACGAGCGCCUAUCCAGGGAUGAGGAGGAUGACAAAGUGGGGGGUGAUGAAAAUGUAGGAGUGGAGGAGGGAGAAGAGGAGGAGAGCUUGACAGAGAAGAGGGAACUCAGCCCUCUUCAUAUAGAGGAUGAGGAGGAGGGAGAGGAGACCUCAGCUCUUCUUCUGGAGGAGAGUGAAGACCCAGAGAUGGGGGGAUGCCCGACAGAAGAGUGCACCCAUGAUGAAGGGCUGGAACUGGGGCUAGAGCUGGCUUCCCAUGAUGAAGGGCUGGAGCUGGGGCUAGAGUUGGCCUCUAAUAUCUCUGGAGAAGUAGAGGAAGGGUCAGAGGGAUGGCCUGCCCAGGAGGAGCCCUCUUCUCUGGGAGACUGGGCAGCAGAGGUGGUGGGGGCUAUGGAGGAAGCCCUGGGGGAACUCCAGAGGAGCAGCAGUACUGAAACAAAUUCUGUUACCAAGGAGGAAGAGGAAAGAGGGCGAAGGGACGUGGAGGACUCAUCUGAAGCCUUAGAAUCAGCAGACGUCCUAGAAGAAGCAUCUAGCGAAAAGUCAGAGAGCAUCGACAAGGACGUUGAUGACGAAGAGAACGGACAUCCCGCACGACGUCGACGCUCCUCCUCGUCCUCCCCUCCCUCCAUUCCUCCUCCUCCUCUCCCCCCAAUGACUCCCCCUCCGGGCCGGGUGUCGGUCACAGAUGGGGGGGAGGCGGAUGAGGAGGACGGAGAUGGUGACUCGGAUGACAGUGAGUCAGAUGAGGAGGUGAGGAGUUACAGUGUUCAAGAGGAGCAUAGUGGAGGGGAGGAGAGCGGGGAGGAGAACCAUGCUGUACCCAUCGUGGUCAGCGACUGUAGCGAUGCUCAUAACCUACGUAGUCUACUGAAGAUGCCCACCCCGCUCACUUCCGAGUCGCUCGCUGAUGACCUGCUGGAUCGAAAGAAGAAGGUGGUGUCAUUCUUUGAUGAUGUCACUGUCUACCUGUUUGACCAGCAGAGCCCGACUAAAGAGCUGGCUGAGCAUGGUUUCCCUCCAGGGGCUGAGACCAGCGGACAGAGUUCAGAGGGCAAACAACCAACCUCUGAUGACUCCUCAGACGGAAACAUCUCAGAAGAGAGUGCAGGGUAUGAGUGGGAGGAUGACUUCCCCCUGUUGCCCCUCCCGACUUCCUCAUCCAAGAUGGCUGCCUCCUCCUCAGCCUCAACCCCUUCCACACCCAGCCUACCCACCACCUCCAAGGCCCCGGAGCCCAAACCAGUGGUGCAGUACUCCCGCUUCACCGUCUCCCCUAGCCAUGUGUCUCGCUUCUCCAUCACACACGUCUCCGACUCCGACAUGGACUCUGGUCCAGGUGAGCAGGUAGCAGGGAGCAGUGAGGAUGGGGACAGAGAGUAGAACAGAACCACAGCCACCCAGGAGCUGCACCACAUAAACUUAUCGUGACUUUUAUGUAGAGCUUUUUGGACAUCAGGUUUCUGAAAAGACAGUGCCUCUUAUUGUUUAUGGUGUGGGAGAAGAGGGGAGAAGAGAAUCAACUAUGAGAAUAUAGAAAAUAAUAUAUGAUGAUAAUAUAUAAAUACACAGAAUAAUAUACGUUACAAAGAACUUAUAUGCAGGUAAAGACUUUUAUGUUGAGCUCAACAUAUUUUUGGAGCGAAAAACACAUACAUCUAAGGACAAACUUUGGAAAGUUGUUUGCCACCAUAGUCAUCACACUUUUACAGUAUGUUAUGGAGAACAAAAAAACAUGGCUAUCAAAACAGAACACACCAUGUACAGUAUACCCCACUCUGAGAAGAAGGGAGUGAAAAAAUGGAGGAAAGGACAGAAUCCAGGCUUUUCACUAAAGGAUCGGUGUUGGAAAGUGACUGGACCAACAACAUAUCUUUGAGACAUUGCUUCACCUGUCCUCAUCAAAUAUAAAUGAAAUAUCACAUGUAAUAUAAUAAUGUUACAUGUUUCCAAACACUUUUACGUCCAUUGAAGGGAAUAAUGGGACACCUAAGUGUAAGUGAAUGAAUGAAUCUAUGGAACAAGGCAGAAAGUUGCUGCCUUGAAAUGACUGUGUAUUAGCAGAGAUGAUCAAAGCUGCAUUUAGUGGUCCAGACUUUUCUAUAAGGAGUAGGACCUCCACUGUAUUGUACUGUAUGUAUGGACCUUAUGAUUUCCACCAAUCAGAGUGCAAGAGUCACUAUUCCCCUCCCUCUGAAUGCCUGGGGUGUAAUCAUUAGUGCACACCGUAGCAAACAGUUGCAAAACGUUUCGCAACGGAAAACAAAUUCAGGUAUGUCCUUCCCCUGUUGAUUCCGUUUGCUUGCGUUUUGGUUCCAGUGAAUGCACCUCUGCUUUUACAGACAUUCCUGGACCUAAGCUAUUGUGCAAAUCCAUCAAGUCAUUUAUUAUGACUUUAUUAUGACUUUUAAUAAAUGCUGUACUCCUGUUUUAGGACUUUGGAUCCAUGUGCUUUGCAGCAGAUAGUGUGGGUAAAUCACAGCAUACAUUGGCUUCUGUCGUAUCACCACGUUCUAGCAUAGAUGAGGGUAACUGCCUGUCCUUACCCUCUGUGUUGAGCUUCACAUCAUCACAUGCUGUGUAAUAGGCCUCUUUGUCUUGAGGUGAAGAUUCUUUGUUAAACGAUCAAAGUACUUGUACAUUUCUGAUUCUGAUUCUGAAAACUGUACUGCAGUAUAAGAACAGCAAGCAUACAAAUACACAGAUAAACUUACAGAUACAGUAGCAGAUCAUUUUUAUAGAAAACUGAUGAAAUAAUCACUUUUAAGAAAUAUGAAACCUAAAAAUGAAACUUAAAGAAUGGAAGAACAGUGGCUUCGGUAACAUGUUGAAGAUUAAAUAAUCCAAUGACAAUUGGAAGACCACAGAACUGAGAACUUGUUCAGUGUUAACAUAUUGUUUAUGUUCAGCUGUGUGGUGGUCAAGGGUUUGGUGAUGCUACAUGGGUUUGUCAUUGUGUAUUGUUUCUUGAUUGUGUUCAUGAUUUUAACAAUGGAAAAUACAUUUAGAAUUUAUGGACCUUUUACUUUGCUAUGUACAGUAUGUGAAAAUGUGUGUGCUAUAGGAAGGAAGAUGGAAGGCUGUGGGUGUAACAUAGAAAGCAUUCAGUACAGUCAGUCUAGUAAGCUAAUGCAGUAUUACAUCAGUAUCACUGUAGCAUGGUCCCAAGUAUUUUUGUGCAGUUUUGCCAACCCCAAUGACCAUAGUUGGCAAGACAGUACAAACAUAUCUGGUACCAGGCUAAUAUCACUGUAGGCUUUAGCUUCAAAGAACCAGGGUGCCAAUUCAGUUCAACACAUAUAUAUAUAGAAUUACAUACAGUAGAUUCUAUUUCUAUGGUUCACAGAUCCACUCUAGUCUCCAUGCAGUCAGUGUGUUCUGUUCUGUUUGUUUGCCUUUCUAGAGCUUUAAUAUUAUGUACUAGUAUAGUGUCUAUAGAUCCAUCUAGACCACCAUCUGUGUAUGUACUAUUUUUGUAUCUCAAAAAAAGAAAGAAAACAUUUUAAGAAUAUCAAGAAAUGACCUGGAAGUGGGAGGUAAAAUGAGAUGUCUUUGUUUUAUUGUUGCCAAAGAGAUGUAUUUAAUGAAGUCAUGAGGCAAACAGGAACAGGAAUAUAUGAUAUUUGAUCUAUAAUGUUUUAACCCUACAGAUGUAGGAUCUUAAUUUGAGCCAGUUUGCUACAGCAGGAAAAUAAUCCAGCAGCAACAGGAAAUGUGA